AGUAAAACUUUCAUUACACGUUUUGAAGUGCGAUCGCGAAUCAUAUUAUUUAUUUAGAAACGCGUUUGGAAUUUUGAUAAAACUACAACACUAACGCACUAACUAUUUUAAAAUGGAUCUAUUAUCGUCUAUAUUAUUGCUAAUUGUAACUUCGGUGUUGUAUUUAUAUUGGUCCAUGAAAAAAGCGCAUCGAUUUUUCAAAGCUCGAGACAUACCUUACCUCGAACCUCACUGGUUGUUUGGUAACAUGGUCGAUGUCAUUUUAAUGAGAACCUCAUUGGCCGAAAAAUACGCCGAAUUUUACAAGAAGCUAGCUCCUCAUGGUUUUGCUGGAAUAUACACGAUGAAAACCCCAACAAUCAUGAUACGAGAUCCAGAUCUAAUAAGAAACGUACUUAUCAAAGAUUUCGGUUUUUUCACCGAUCGUGGGAUUGACAUAGUGAAGGAAAUCGAUCCACUGAGUGAAUCGCUGUUCACGAUGAAGGGCGACGAAUGGAAAAAUCUCAGGAUCAAGUUGACCAGCACAUUCACUUCGGGCAGAAUGAAGAUGAUGUUCCCUCUCGUGAAACAUUGUGGCGAAAAGUUAUCUCAAAUCAUCGAUCAAAUACCUGACAACGAAACCUUCGAUGUAAAAGAUCUAUUCGCCAGGUUUACCACGGAUACCAUUGGAACUUGCGCAUUCGGAAUAGAAACCAAUUCUUUAAAUGAUCCAGACUCAGAAUUCAGAAUCAUGGGGAAAAAAAUAUUCAGUUUCAGACCAGCAACAAUCAUACGAACGAUAUGGCCAACUAUGCCGAAAAAACUUGUCAAAAUGUUCAACCUGACGGUGUUUGAUAAAAACUUACAAGAUUAUUUCAUAGAUACCGUCGACAGAACCAUUAAAUACAGGGAGCAGAACAACAUAACAAGAAACGAUUUCCUCGACCUGUUGAUCGCUUUGAAGAACAACCCAAUUUUGCAAAAAUUCAAAGAUACAGGAGAUGACGGCGAUUUGAAAAAAUUUCUCGAUCAAAUUGGUAGUAAAUGCAUGAAAAGCGAUGUUGACAUGACAAAUGAUUUACUCGCAGCUCAAGCUUUCGUAUUUUUUACGGCUGGUUUUGAAGGAACCUCCACUGUAUUAGGUUACGCUUUAAUGGAAUUAUCCUUCAAUAAAUCUAUCCAGGAUAAAGCUCGUCAAGAAAUCCUCGGCAUUUUCUCACUUAAUGAUGGUCAACUGACCUACGAAGCUCUCAAACAAAUGACCUACGUGGAUAUGGUAAUUGAAGAAACAUUGCGGAAAUAUCCAGCGGUUGCCCUACUGCUCAGAGAAACCAGCGAAAACUACGUCAUACCGAAUACCAAAGUGAUAAUACCAGCUCACACAUCAAUCAUUAUACCAACCUAUGGAAUACAUUCGGACGAAAAAUAUUACGAUAAUCCGGAAGAAUUUCGUCCAGAACGUUUCACCGAAGAAGAAAAAGCCAAACGACCGAAUUACACUUAUCUACCAUUCGGAGAUGGACCCAGAGUUUGCAUAGCCGAAAGAUUCGCCAAAUUGCAAUUCAAAGUUGGUUUGGUUUACGCACUCAAGAACUUCUCCUACAAAAUAGCUCCCGAAAUGAAGUUUCCAAUAAAAUUCAAAAAAAGUUUCGGUUCAUUGAGCCCGGAAAGUGCAAUAUUGUUGAAAAGAAAACGAAUUUAAUUCACGUCUCACCUGUGUGUACCUAACUACCUAUGCUAGAAAAUGAGAAGUCAGCAAUGUUAAUUAAUAUCUAGUUCUAUCUACUUACAAAAUAAACUAUUUUUGUGAUGGUUUCAA